CCGUGUCCGGACGUGUUCCAGUUCCCGCUGUUCUCGGAGCAGUUCGGGCGGGAGCUGCGGGAGGAGGCGGAGCUUCGAGGGGGGUGGGCGGAGCAUCACGAGGUGUUCUCGUGGGCGGUUCCCCUCUCGGCUCUGCAGUUGGAGCCCGUCCUGCAGGGGGCGCUGCGGGAGCUCCUCCCCCCCAUCGCCCGCCGCCUCUUCCCGGGCUACGCCCCCAAGGGCCGGACCGUGCUGAGCUCCGUGGUUCGCUACGACCCCGCCCCUUCCGGCCACGCCCCCUCUGACCCCGCCCCCUCGGCCCCACCCCGGCCCUCGGCCCCCAUCAGCCUGAGCGUCACCCUGAGCCCCCCCCAGGGCGGGGGCUGGCUGUUUCCCCGUUACGGCUGCGGGGCCCCCGCGCCCCCCCCGGGCUGGGCCCUGCUGCACCCCGGGCGCCUGACGCACCUGGCCAGGGGAGUGCCACCUGCGGGGGGGGCGCGCUUCGGCCUCGCCCUCCUCAUCGACCCCUGAGGGGACACCGGGGACAUCGGGGGACAUUGGGGGACAUUGGGGACAUCAGAGACCUGUCCCCACCAUGGCCUCGUCCUCCUCAUCGACUCCUGAGAGACCCCAGAGGGGACACUGGGGACAUCGGGGGACACUGGGAACCCAGCCCUGCUUCGGCCUCGUCCUCCUCAUCGACC